AUGGCAUCGACGUUGUCUCUAGUGAAGGGAGCUACUGCUUUGGCCACCGCUGGUCUGGCGAACCUGCACAAUGACGAUGAUCUGAUAAGCUACGAUUCCUUGGUGAAAGCCAGGGGCCUGCUCGACCUGAUCUUCGAGCUUCCUUCUUUCGAGAUGGAGCUAGGGAGAUAUUCAGCGUCGUUAGAGCUCUGUGGAAGCAUCCUGAAUCGGUCAAUCCGUCGGAGGCGACAUGCAUUGGAGAAGAAGCCGCCUGUGCGAACGAGAGGCCACAACAUUCCAUCGCAGUCGACGUCUUCGUCUUCGGGAGGUCAGGCAGCUGAGCACAAAAAUGGUUCCUUCGCUGGAGCAGCGCCAGUAGGGUCGCCAACUCGUAGCAUGAGCACCAUGCCGACGGCUUGGGAGCCCGACGAGGCCCUGACGUUCGACUCCCUUGUAGGCAACGAAGCUGCAAAGAGGGCUCUGUUCGAGCACGUCGUGUUGCCGCUCAAACUAUCAGAAGAAGCGCGAGGCUCCCUAUUCGUCGGUCUCAGGUCUUCAGGAAACAACGUCCUCCUCCAUGGACCGCCGGGCACAGGCAAGACCACGAUCGCCCAGGCGGCUAGUCAGGAGGCGGGCGCAGCCUUCUACUCUGUGGUUCCGAGUUCAAUUCUAUCCAAGUACCAGGGUGAAAGCGAGCGGGUCCUCCACCAGCUCUUUGACGACGCGAAGAAAACCAAGCCUAGCGUCAUCUUUCUUGACGAGCUGGACGCUCUGGCUCCGAGUCGAGAUGCCCAAGAUGAUGGUGAGGUGUGCUUGGCUUUGUUUUGAGGGAGCGAGGUUAGCCCCCCCUGGGUUCGAAACGCUCGUUUGUUGGUUUUCACCGUCGGGUUCAAGGGCCGCUGAGCUAUGUACGUUGUCGUGGCUGGGAGAAAGAACGGGGUUGUGCUUCUGUAGAGAGUAUGGUCCAACUUUCAAGAGACCCGGACAUCAGUUUCACGCAUUCUAACACUGGCUGUCUCGGGUUGUGCUUCUGUAGAGAGUAUGGCCCAACUUUCAAGAGACCCGGACAUCAGUUUCACGCAUUCUAACACUGGCUGUCUCU